AAAAAAAAAAAACCCAAAAAAAAAAAAACCACGAAUACUUGGAUCAGAAUGAAAUUGUUGCCCGUGGCAUCUUCUCUUCUCCCAUCCCAAUGUUCUUCAUGGGCUCUGGUGAGCUGCUCUCCUCCCUCCCACCUGGGGCUUGUGUCCGUAAGAAUGGGAAUAUUGGAAUAAAUACCUUUGGAAUAGCAGCAGCUCCCCUGAGGCCAGGGCUGCCGAUGGCCUCUGGGAUUCCUUCCCUAGGGAUUUCUUUGCUUUUCCAUUGUGGAUGAAGCAAAGAGAAAGGGGAGCUCCAAAGGCAGCAGGAAAAUACUGAAUUUUGGGGAAACGAGACCCACUCACCCAGGGAAGGCAAACUGGGAGAGCAGGACCCACAUGGUGUAGUCCUCGGCAAAACCUGGGCGCUGGAUGAAUCUGAGCAGGGUGAGAGGGACUUAAAAAACCCAAAAUGAUGUAAAGAAACCGGGAGAGGGGAGGGGGCUCCUGGUUCUUGUGUCAGUGGGAACCAGCAGGAUGCUGUGGCUCCCGGCUCGGGAGGAGCAGGAUCUGGGCUGGAGCCGGGAGCAGAACCAGGGAAGGGGCCCCGGAGGGGAUCGGCCCCGCCGAGCUCCAGCAUCGCCGCAUCUCCUGCGGGUCCAGGCUCGCUCCCCCGCGGCACCGAGCCAAGGCAAACACCGGCAACCCGAUCCCUUCCCGCGGCACGGGGGCCGCUGUUUAUCCUGGAGCCGGAGCCGGGGGCCCCGAGCCGGAGCCCGGAGCCGCUCCCGAGCCGCCGCUUCAUUCCCGGCGGUGCCGCCCGCAUGGAGCGGCUGCUGCUGGCGGCGCUGCUGCUGGCGGCGGCCGCUGCCCUGCCCCGGACCGUGCCCUCGGCCGUGCCCCGGACCGUGCCCCGGGCUGUUCCCCGGGCUGUUCCCCGGGCUGUUCCCCGGACCGUGCCCCGGGCCGUUCCCCGGGCUGUGCCCGCUGCCGUGCCCGCGCCCCGGGAGCUGGCGCGCUCCGUGCUGGAGACACACGGGCAGGAGCUGCGGCUGCUGCGGCUGCUGGGAGUCGCCAGGACGGUAGGAAAAAGGGCUGCGGCUGCGGGAGGUGCUGCCGGCUCCGGCACCCAUCCCCGUGCGGGGCUUUUCUCCCGGCAGAGCUUCGACUGGGGGACGCACUUCAGCAUCAACUUCACGGCCCGGCAGCCGCCCUGCCCCAAGGGCGCCCCGGAGCCCCGCGGCUGCCGGGGCCGGCCGGGCAGGGUGCAGCGCUGCUCGGCCCAGGUGUCCGUGUUCACCUUCCUGCCCGACGUGCCGCUGUCGAUGGUGGAGUGCGGCCGGGAGCCGCAGCCCGGUGACAGCGCCCAGCCCCGCUCCCCUGGCACCAGCCCAGGUCACUCAUCCUCAUCAUCAUCCUCUUCACCCUCCUCAUCAUCAUCCUCGGGCCCCCCCCCGCGGCCUCGGGCCCCUCCCAGCGCGUCCCUGCGGGGACCAUCCCGCCACCCCCUGUCUCCAACGGAGCGGGAAUAAAGAGAUUUGGGGUCGGACGUGUGUGGGGUGACGGUUCGGGGGACCCGGGGGGCACCCUCAGCCUUGGGCAACAGCGAUGGGGCAAGGUCGGGGUUGUGCAACCCCGCGGGCACCACCCUGACACGGGCAACGUGUCACCACCGAGGGGUCCUGGCCCCCAAAUCCCCCCC